AUGUGUGAGAGCAGUAGACACUUUAUGCAGACGCACGGGCCGGGUACAUCAGUCGUGUCAGUCUGUCGGAUUCAUGGAGAGCACAAGUCAGUCAAGGUGUCAGUUUUACCUUACUAUUUUCCUUAUGCUGAUGCCCAUGCCAAGGGCCGGCGCGCCAAGGGCCGGCGCGGGGAGUCACGCCAAGGACCGGCGCGGGGAGUCAAGCCAAGGGCCGGCGCGGGGAGUCAAGCCAAGGGCCGGCGCGGGGAGUCAAGCCAAGGGCCGGCGCGGGGAGUCACGCCAAGGGCCGGCGCGGGGAGUCACGCCAAGGGCCGGCGCGGGGAGUCAAGCCAAGGGCCGGCGCGGGGAGUCAAGCCAAGGGCCGGCGCGGGGAGUCAAGCCAAGGGCCGGCGCGGGGAGUCAAGCCAAGGGCCGGCGCGGGGAGUCAAGCCAAGGGCCGGCGCGGGGAGUCACGCCAAGGGCCGGCGCGGGGAGUCAAGCCAAGGGCCGGCGCGGGGAGUCAAGCCAAGGGCCGGCGCGGGGAGUCACGCCAAGGCCCGGCGCGGGGAGUCAAGCCAAGGGCCGGCGCGGGGAGUCAAGCCAAGGGCCGGCGCGGGGAGUCACGCCAAGGGCCGGCGCGGGGAGUCACGCCAAGGGCCGGCGCGGGGAGUCAAGCCAAGGGCCGGCGCGGGGAGUCAAGCCAAGGGCCGGCGCGGGGAGUCAAGCCAAGGGCCGGCGCGGGGAGUCAAGCCAAGGGCCGGCGCGGGGAGUCACGCCAAGGGCCGGCGCGGGGAGUCACGCCAAGGGCCGGCGCGGGGAGUCAAGCCAAGGGCCGGCGCGGGGAGUCAAGCCAAGGGCCGGCGCGGGGAGUCAAGCCAAGGGCCGGCGCGGGGAGUCAAGCCAAGGGCCGGCGCGGGGAGUCAAGCCAAGGGCCGGCGCGGGGAGUCACGCCAAGGGCCGGCGCGGGGAGUCACGCCAAGGGCCGGCGCGGGGAGUCAAGCCAAGGGCCGGCGCGGGGAGUCAAGCCAAGGGCCGGCGCGGGGAGUCAAGCCAAGGGCCGGCGCGGGGAGUCAAGCCAAGGGCCGGCGCGGGGAGUCAAGCCAAGGGCCGGCGCGGGGAGUCAAGCCAAGGGCCGGCGCGGGGAGUCACGCCAAGGGCCGGCGCGGGGAGUCUACAAGUAAUCGGUGA